AUGCACGACCAAGACGGGCCCAACUUCUCCUACGCCUACGGCGACAGGCGGCCCUCGACCCCGGCCGCCUCGUGGAAUCCCGCCCUGCGACCCCACCAGACACAAGAGGACACCUCGUCAGCAACAUCACCACCCUCGCAGCCACCGACACAACACGCGCCCGACCAGCAGAAACCAGUCCAGCAGAAACCAGUCCAGCAAACACCAGUCCAGCAAACACCAGUCCAGCAAACACCAGUCCAGCAAACACCAGUCCAGCAAACACCAGUCCAGCAAACACCAGUCCAGCAAACACCAGUCCAGCAAAUACCAGUCCAGCAUGAAUCAGACGACGACGAGGAGGAGGAGUCUGAAGAGGAAGAGUCGGAGUCAGACGACGAAGACGAGGUAGCGCCGCCAACACCCACGAAAGCGCCCACGUCUGCGCCUGCGCCUGCUCCUCCAGCUGCUCCUCCAGCUGCUCCUCCAGCUGCUCCUGUUGCGCCCGUGUCUUCUAGCGAGGACACGUCCGAGGACAAAGAGGACAAGGAAGAAGACGACUCAGAAGACGACUCAGAAGACGAUUCAGAAGACGAGGAAGAGGCACCUGCAACGGCCACACAGAGCUCCAUCCUCCCACCCCAGCCGGCCACGCCGAAACAAGAAGACACCCUUGUCCAUGCCACACAGGCGCUCAACAUCCACGAACAAACGCCAACACACGUAGGCCGGGGCCCCGCAGAGCCGUCCGAGUCGGAGGAAGAGAGCUCGUCAGAGGAAGAGGACGACUCUGAACAAGACACUGCCUCGCAGGAGCGCCCCGCCGAGAACUAUGAGCACCAGGGAGAGACAACCGUGCUGGAAGACGCCAUGAGCGAGAGUGUACGCGUGCCCCUGGUAGAAGACACCGAAGCUUCUGACGACUGGCCGGCUUCUUGUGAGCAUGGCUUCCAUCUUGGCGCACCUCAGCCCUUGCACACUCCUCUCGCCGAGGCCGUGGGAACGACAGUGGGCGACGACGUCAUCGGCAACACUACUGUUGGCGGCAACGCUGGCGACGACAUCGACUGGGGCAACACGGACGAGCAAGAGGAUUUCUUUGCCCGCCGCACUUCACAACCAAUCGAGUCUGCGCCGACCGAGGCUGACACGCCGGGCGCCCACGUGGUGCAAGCAUCGGGGCCUGCGCCAGCCGCUGGAGACGAAUGGGACCUCGAUCUGGAUCUGGACGAUGAAUUCUUGCCGGACGCCGAGGACCCUCUCGCACUCGAGCUCGACGAUGACGCUGGAUUCCUCGAGGAUGAGCCCCCCGCUCCCCCUCAACCGCCCGCACCGGCAGCGAGGUCUGUGUCAGGCACCACAAAUCGAUACGCCCCACAGGCUGCGCAGGCUGCAGCGUCGCCAACACUACCCGCCAACCCUUAUGCGCCUGCAGGCCUCCAGUUUACCAACUCCCCACCAGCCACACAACAGACGCCUGCGACUUCGACUGGCACCCUCUACAAUGGCUUUGGCCAGCCCGUGUCCCACCAGCAGACAGCUCGACCUCCUAUGGCAAGUUCGGGACAGAGCUUUGCAGACAAGUCCAAAGGAGGGUAUGCAUCGCCAUACGAUCUACCAGACGAAAUCGUCACGACUCGGAGACGAGCGGCACCUCGAGCUACCGUUCCGGCUGCGCAGCCUACUCCGCCUCCGCCGCCGCGAAGCAGUAGUAUCUCUUCCAAUGCUGGACCUGCAGGACCUCCAAGACCCACGCUUCCACCGUCCAACAUGUCAGUCGCGAGCAUGUCGCCGCCCUCUUCAAGCCACUCGACACAGCCGCAGAUGACCGGUCUGCCGCCAAUGGCACCCCCCAAACCUUCAGCACCAGUGCGGGCACAGACUUCAGACUUCUUCGCUGAGCUUCCUGUGACCACCAAACCCAAACCCUCCGGACGCUACACGCCACAGCCGCAUGCCCAGGCUCAGCCGCAGGUACACCAAGGACCACCACAAAUGUCUCAAGGCCCUCCACAGAUGCCACAGGGACCCCCGCAGAUUCCACAGGGACCCCCGCAGAUGCCUUUGAAGGAACGAACACCUUCCUGGUCAGGUCUACGGAAUGAGGUACUGCCAGACUCAGGCAACGCUCCAGCGCCAGUCCCAUUCAGACAGCCCGAGCAGUUGCCAAUGUUCCCUACGCAACCUUCAGUGCUUGCACGCACAAACAGCUUGCCGGUCCCGCAGGCGGCUCCUCCGCAGUCCUCGAGAUACUCUCCCGCGCCUCCAUCAGCAGCACCUGCGAACGCCCGCUACUCGCCCGCACCUCCUUCUGCGCCAGCAGCCAACUCUAGAUAUUCACCCGCCCCGCCUGGCGCUCAGGGACCCGCCCAUGCUCGUUACGGAUCUGAACCGCCUGCGGGCCCACCACGACCGGCAUCCCAGCCUUACGCGCCGCGAACUUCUAGCCCCCUCGCGUUCCCUGCAACAUCUCGUCAACAGGAGCCACCCGCGCAGGCAGAAGCAUCGUUUGACCCUGCCUCAGGUCACCACGUAACACAAUCUCUCGAGAUCCCCCUGCGCGCCCCCUUCAGGAGUCCUUUGGAAGGCGUCAGUGAGGCGGAAGAACGCACGACGGCGCCGCCAUCUCAACCCCCUUUCCCUGGCAGGUCUGGUACACCGCCUCCGAGAAGUCAUCCAUCGUCUACAAUUGGCUCGCCCAGAAAAGCAGGAAACUACGCGCCGCAGUACCAAGCGUCGCCUCCGAGAUCGGAUACACUGUCACCCGCAGCGAGCAUGAAACCAAUCACACGGACGGCAACGGCUUCGUCGGACUAUCAAGCUUCCACCUUUGGACUCAUGUCGCCCCCUGCCCCUACCUACAAUGAGCAGCCAAUGGUAGAGAAACCCACAAACACCAUACCCCACCGAAGGCAGACAUCGCUUCUGGUCGAGUAUGAAAGCAUCCCCCCUGCCGACGAGCGGGCUGCCGAUCCCUUGCAGCAGUGGAAGGGCAGCCCCAUCUUCACUUGGGGUCUAGGGGGUACUGUAGUGACUACGUUCCCCAAACAGAUACCUCGCUACGGUGGCGGCACAUCGGCGCCCAUGGUCAAGCGUAGCCCCGGUGAAAUCAGGUUGCAGGCUGCCAAGGAGGUGUUGCCCGAGUCUGAGGAUUUCACAAAGUUUCCAGGUCCGCUCAAGCCAAAGGGCAAGAAGAAGGAUAUUUCAGCCUGGCUUGGCCGUAAGCUUGAACUUCUGGAAGGCCAACGAGAAGAAUCUGGAUUCGAGCACUCUCUGACUGAGGAUGAGCACAAGCGCCUCGAAGACAAAGCUCUGCUCUGGAAGGUAUUGCAGGUGAUGGUUGACAACGAUGGUCGUCUGGAGGGCCCUGCUGCAGCAGCUGUCAAGAAGGCACUAGCCUUCGACGAGGGUGAUGCAACAGAUGCUGAGGGGUCCUUUUCGACUGCUGCAGACAUUGUUGGCCGCUCCAGAACCAACACGCUGCAGGCAGACCCCAUAGACCCACGCACGAUCGAGGACCUCCAGAAGCUGCUCACAAAGGGCGACCGUGAGAAGGCUGUGUGGCAUGCAGUUGACCAGAGGCUGUGGGGCCACGCCAUGCUUCUCUCGUCGACGCUCGGCAAAGAUGUCUGGAAACAGGUCGUUCAGGAAUUCGUCCGCAAAGAGGUCAAGAAGGUGGGCUCCAACCACCAGGCUCUGGCAGUGUUGUACGAGGUGUUUGCAGGUAACCACGAGGACUGCAUCGAUGAGCUCGUACCAGCCUCGGCCCGUGCUGGCUUCCAGAUGGUCAGCGCGGACGGUGCCGGCGCAACACAAAACGCUUUGCAGGGAUUGGACAGAUGGCGCGAGACUGUAGCGUUGAUUCUCAACAACCGCAGUGACGGUGAUGCUGCGGCUUUGCUAUCCCUCGGCCGGCUUCUGGCACAAUACAACCGUGUUGAGGCUGCACAUGUUUGCUUCCUCUUCGCACGCACCGUAGCUCUUGUCAGUGGAGCAGACGAUGCACAGGUGGACAUUGUUCUCCUUGGUGCAGAUCACAAGCAGAACCCUCUAGAGCUUGGCACCGAGAUGGAACCAGUUCUGCUGACCGAGGUGUACGAGUUCGCUUUGUCGCUUUCGGCACCAACGGCAACGUUUGCAUUCCCCCAUCUACAGCCUUACAAGCUUGCACACGCCUACCGACUGGCCGAAUAUGGGUACAGGACCGAGGCGCAGGCGUACUGCGACGCCAUCGCUUCGAGCAUGAAGGCGACCACCAAGCUCUCGCCCUACUACAAUGCAAGCUUCCUUGGGAGCUUGGAUGAGCUGAGUAGACGUUUGUCUCAAUCGCCCAGAGACGGCUCAUCCUCUUGGAUUUCAAAGCCGAGCAUGGACAAAGUGGGUAGCUCUCUUCUGUCAAAGUUCAACAGCUUCAUUGCCGGAGACGAUGAAGCCUCCAGCGACCCAUCUGCGGCUGCAGAAGUUGGCCCUUUUGCCAAAAUCGCCGGCAACAGCCCGAGCAUCACGCCCUCGCAAUCGAGUGCAGACCUGUACGGUGCAUACGCUGGCUACGGAGCCCCUGCGGCUCAGCCUCCAGCACCUUCCAACUCGCGCUAUGCUCCUUCAAACGCUUCGAGCGCAUACGCACCACGCAGCUCAUCUGAGCAGCAGCGUUUGCGAUACGAGCCUGAGGGACGACCAUCCAUGGACUCUGUUCGCUCCGUGUCAGAUGCCUACAUGCCUGCGUCGCAGCCUUCAAGUCCAUACACUCCAGGCCAGUCGAUGCUCAUCCCGACCAGCCAGCGGUUGCAGGGCAAGACUCAGUCUUACUCUCCUCUCCGACCCGAGCCCAGUGCUGCUCUUUCGUACGGCAGCCCGUAUAUAUCCAGUCCACCAGUGGAGGAGUCUGCCUCCGCGCCAGCAUUUGGCGGGUACCAGCCUCCCCAGGCCAGCUUUGACGAUCCAGCGGCUGCGGACAACGAGCAGCCCUCGGCCGGUUAUCAGCCCUUCACAAGCUACGAACCUCCAACAAGCUCGUUCGAGGCGCCAUCUUACACGCCCUACGAGCCGGAGCCCGAGGAGGACGACGCAAAGGAGUCGCAGCCGAAGAAGAAGCCUCUCAUGGACGACGACGAUGAUGACGAUCUUGCGGCUCGUGCCUCAGCGCUCAAGAUAAGCAGCGGUAAAUCAGGCAGCAAGUCAGACGCAGACCGUGCAACAGACGAGGCUUUCCGCAAAGCAGCCGAGGCGGAUGCCAAGCGCGACAAGGAAGCUGGUGCAAACAAGAAGGGCUGGUUUGGUGGUUGGUUUAAGAAAGACCCCAACAUGCCGCAGCAAGGCCCAGGUCCUAUCAAGGCCAAGCUCGGCGAAGAGAACAGCUUCGUCUACGAUCCUGAGCUCAAGAAGUGGAUCAACAAGAAGGCCGGGUCUGUGGACACGGGCAAGCCCUCUGCAACGCCUCCUCCACCCCGGAGUGGGCCGCCAUCGGCUUCCAGGAGCGCAUCGGGUGGUAUGCCCCCAGCGGGGCCUCCGUCAGCUGGUCUGCGGCCGCCGACUUCGAUGCCCCCAAGGAGCUCGUCGAUGCCGCCACCCAUGGGCAUACCGUCUCGCGCAAGUACGCCUGGUGUUCCAUCAGACAACGAGAGUGCACCCAAGCCCUCGGUACUUGGGCGACCACCGCUUGCUUCUGGACCGCCCUCGCGACCCGGCACCAGCAUGAGCAAUGCGAGCAGCAUCGACGAUUUGCUCGGCGCGGCGCAGCCCCGGAAAGGACCAGGGGCGAAGAAGAAGAAGGGCGGUCGUUAUGUCGAUGUUAUGGCGCAGGGCAACUGA